AUGAACGCCGCGACGGCGACGAGUGUCGAGGCCUCGAACGGCACUGCGGCCUCGCGACGUCACGCCUCCAAGUCUGCGUCCAGCAAGAACCUCACCGAGGUGGAACCGCCUAAUGGCACGACCGUCGACAAGGUCAAGGCUUCGCCGCAGCAAAAGUAUCGCCACGUCGCCGCUGUCCACUCGCAGACGCGGCCCUCGUGCCUUAGCCACGAUUCAGAUGCGGCGCCCAGCUUUAUCGGGUUCAGGAACCUCAUGGUCAUUGUCUUGGUGGUGGGCAACCUGAGACUCAUGAUUGAAAACAUGCAAAAGUAUGGCGUCUUGAUAUGCAUAAGGUGCCACGCAUACAGCCGACAGGACGUCCUCCUCGGCGGCCUCCUCUACUUCCUGAUUCCGUGCCAUCUCCUCGCUGCCUACCUCAUUGAACUCGCCGCCGCACGACAAGCCCUCGGGUCGCGGAAGCGCAUCAAGGACGGUGCCACAGGCCCGUCUGCGGAGGAUCGCAAGAAGUUCCACUCCACCUGGGUCGUCAUCGCCUGGGUUCACACCCUCAACAUCACCCUCGCCCUCGUCGCCACGACCUUUGUCGUCUACUACUACAUCCACCACCCGCUGAUUGGCACACUGACCGAGAUGCACGCCAUCAUCGUGUGGCUCAAGACGGCAUCGUACGCCUUUACCAACCGCGACUUGCGCCACGCCUACCUCCACCCCGUCAAAGGCGAGCUCGUCCCCGAGCUCUACGCCAAAUGCCCUUAUCCGCAAAACAUCACCUUUAGCAACUUGAUCUACUUUUGGUGGGCCCCGACGCUCGUCUACCAGCCGGUGUAUCCGCGCACCGACAAGAUCAGAUGGGUCUUUGUCGCCAAGCGCCUCGGAGAGGUCUUUUGCCUCAGCGCCUUCAUAUGGUUCGCCAGCUUCCAGUACGCGGCGCCCGUGCUGCGCAACUCGCUCGACAAGAUUGCGUCGCUCGACUUUCCGUCUAUCCUGGAGCGGCUCCUCAAGCUGUCGACCAUCUCGCUCGUCAUCUGGCUCGCCGGCUUCUUCGCCCUCUUUCAGUCGUUCCUCAACGCGCUCGCUGAGGUGCUUCGCUUCGGUGACCGCGCCUUCUAUGACGACUGGUGGAACAGCGAGAGCCUGGGCGCGUACUGGCGGACGUGGAACAAGCCCGUGUACACAUACUUUAAGCGCCAUGUCUACAUGCCCAUGAUUGGGCGAGGCUGGAGUGCCUCGACGGCGAGCUUUGUCGUCUUUUUCGUUUCGGCCGUGCUUCACGAGAUUCUUGUGGGAGUGCCGACGCACAACAUCAUUGGCGUGGCUUUCCUGGGCAUGUUCCUGCAGCUCCCCCUUAUCGCCCUCACGGCGCCCCUCGAGAAGAUGAAGCUCGGCAACGGCGGCAAGCUCAUCGGCAACGUCAUAUUCUGGGUGUCCUUCACCAUCUUCGGGCAGCCGUUUGCCGCGCUCAUGUAUUUCUACGCGUGGCAGGCAAAGUACGGGAGUGUGAGCAGACAGAUGCCGCAAAUGGUGGGCAAGUAG